AUGGUCCUUCACGGGCAGGGCGUCGCUAAAACGCGUACGUGGCAUAAUCCCGACUCUAUCCAACCACUCAGGGCACUGCACAAUAUUAAUACAGUGCAGGAGAUACCCUCGCUCGAUGCCACCUUGAAAAGAAUUGACGACAUCGUGAACAAUGAUGUUGAAAUGGAGGGCCCGCUUUCUGAACAAUCUACAAUUAUUGUCAUAGAUACAAAUAUUCUGCUCGAAUUUCUCGACAUCCUACAAACAUUCGUGUUGGAUAUCGAACAACAGAAAUUGCCGGUGUUGUUGAUCAUCCCGGGUGUGGUAAUCUACGAACUUGAUAGCCAGAAGAACCGCGACGGACUCUCUUGGUUUGCACGGAGGGCAUCAACAUGGCUACUAAGCAAGGUAAAAGAGAGGAGAACAGUCAAAGGUCAAGCCCUGGGGGAAACUUGCAAGGCGUCACGAAACUGGAAAAAGAGAGAACCUGGCGAAGAGCUUUGCACGGAAAGGACGAAUGACAGUCUCAUACUUGACUGCUGUCAGUAUUUCUGCCAUCAACGACGUACUUUUUUGUGCAGCAAAGACAAGAUCCUUGCGGUAGAAGCGGAAAGUACCGGUAUACCGACAAUAUUCCCUCAUCGAAGCUCUUUCUGCAGCCGGGACAUAGCGCAUGCAGUGUUCGAUCAAGCAACUGCAAAGAUGUUCAGCGGGUAUUACCCUGUUUACAGCAAUGAAUCCAUGGAACAGGUUGGGCCUAUAGCGACGCUGGAUGAAGACGGCAUGGAUGUCGAUGAUGAUUCCGCAGUGACACAAGCAGUUCGACCGAGCCACCCCCUGGAUCUGUUACAUCUGCAGGUCAUUGAGUACUUCUCCCUGCUUCUCCUGGAUCUGGUCGGUGUAGUAGGGAACGGAGAGGUGCAGAGGUUUGGGAGCGGUGAUGUCGGAUCUCGACACGCGCCGUCAUACGCUCGAAAGCACAUCUUUUCCUGGACGGCCUCUGAUUGCGUGGAAUAUUUGGAUAGCAAAAAGCGGUGUCCGCGAUCGAGUCCAAGAGUGGAAGUGUUCCUGAUGAAGCCAUACGAGGGUCGAGGUUCCCGGCGGGGUCAAGACUGGUCCCGUCGGGACUGGGAGGUAGCGCUGAAAACGCUGGCGGUCAUUGGGGAGCAAUGGGAAGCAGGCUCCGCCAUUCGCGACUCUAUACCGGCGGUAGAGUUCCAUGUGAGUCGGAUAUUUUCCAUGCCGAUGCGGCCGACGGGGCAGUGA